AUGGCGAUCCCACGGGCCCUGCGUCCGACGCCCGAAGCGAUUGGUGUGUCGAUCAAGGAGGGAGAAGCUGUGCAAGAUAUCCUACGGGACACUAAACUAUCCCCUGUAACUAAGGCUAAGAGUUUGGCGCAGGCUGGAGGCUAUGAUGAUAUUGUUCUGGAAAUGACCAACGCACGUUGGCGUGAGCGUUGGGAGCGGUUAUGUUUGCGGUCAGUCACUGCUGAUCCAGAGGCAAGCACCACCAUGAUUCGCAGUACGAGCCGUGCUGUACUACCUGAACCUUCCGAAGCCGGGGAUCUGCGAAUGCGGGUGGAAGCAGAGGAAUGGCGCGCGCAGCCCCAGUUUCACCGAGCUGAACUUAAUGUGUCGGGUAGCAACGAGAUAAAAGAGGUGACGCUCGUCCUCAGCCAGUGGCUCGAGCUUGACUCGGUGGAUGAGGGGAUCCGAUUUGACUCGGAGAUUGCUCUGCGCCAAGAAAUGGAGUAUGCCGCGUAUCUAGGUGCGACGCAAGUAAUCCUUCCGUCACCAAGCAGCGAUCCAGAGCGCUUGCCUUACCUGGCUGAUUACGCUCGCGCCAUUCGAUCAUGCCUUCAAGUUGCAGGGCCACUAAUGAAACUGGCUGUGCGGUUGCCUGUGAGCUCUCCUCAUAUCUUGGCCACGAUGCUUAAGCGACAAAACUUGCAGGCUUCGAAUGGCACAAUGGCCAUGCCAGCCGCUGCCUACUUGCGAACCAAUGACAACUGGGCCUGGGAGACCUGGGAAGUCCUACAAAAUCUCUGUGGGUACCACACGCAGCUAUGUAUUGCACUGGAUAUGUCCAUGCCUUUGCCACCUUCGUCGUCGAUGAUACACUGGGUCAGUGAGCCGGUAUCGAUUUUGUGGCUCCCAUCUUCUUCGUUUCUUGCCAAUGGGAAGGGCUACCCCGUCUUAUCAAAAUCGGCCCAGUCGCUUGUGCAACAGCUAGUUCAGCACGCGCCCCGAAUUAUCCUGAGCGAUAUUACGACCCCACCACCACAGCAUAGUCGGGGAGGCCCGAGCGCCUAUCUCCAGUACAUUCGCUAUCUGACCAAACAGAAAGCACCAACGACGAAACUUGAUGCUUUUGCGCAAGGCUACCACGACUGGCUGCAGGCACCGCUACAGCCGAUGGAACAAAAUCUUGCCGCAGAUGUCUACUCUAUGUUCGAAUCGGACCCCGUCAAGUAUAAUCUGUAUGAAGAAGCUAUGUACCAAGCUCUUUCACAGCAUGGAACUGCAGGAACGACAAUGAAUGUUUGGAUCGUGGGUGCAGGGCAUGGUGCCUUGGUGGACCGAUGUCUGGCUGCAGCGGAGCGCGCAUCUCGCUUGGUGCAUAUUACGGCCCUUGAGAAAAAUCCAGGAGCCUGUGUGAGCUUGCAAAGUCGCCAGGUGACCGAGUGGGGUAGUGAGCGUGUGCGAGUUCUCCAAGGAGAUAUGCGCACGCUUUCUGUGCCUGCAAGCAUGAGCGACCGUGCGGACGUGGUCGUGAGUGAACUGCUGGGUAGCUUCGGGGAUAAUGAGCUUGCCCCUGAAUGUCUUGAUGGUGCCAUGCGGUUUCUGAAGCCACACGGCAUAUCGAUUCCCAGCUCUUACAUACCCUACAUUGCACCUAUUACCACCCCGAAACUGCAUGCAUCCAUCAAGGCCCAAGAUACGCAUCCACACGCUAAAUGGAUUGGGAUGGGAAUGCCUGCUACGUCGGCCAAAUUCGAUGAGCCCUUCGUUGUGAUGUUCAAGAGCAUGAAUUUGCUCUCUGACCUCGAUGAGGCAUGCAAAUGGCCUCGUGUGCAACCUUGCUGGCGCUUCGAGCACACGCCUAUGGAUAAUAGUGGCCUUGUUUGUGAUACGAAUGGUCUGCCUCUCUCAAACAACCACAAUGUUCGCUCCUCCGUUAACACUUUUUUCAUCCCUCAUGCUGGUGUGUGCCAUGGUCUAGCUGGUUACUUUGAGGCACAUCUGUUUGGUAACGUGGUGCUCAGCAUUUUUCCUGAUAAGAUGCGAGCCAGUCCCAAUAUGGUGAGUUGGUUCCCGAUGUUUUUCCCUUUCCGUGAACCACUGUACCUGCCAGGUAAUGCAGAGCUGGACGUGCAUAUCUGGCGACUUACGGACAAGCACCGUGUAUGGUACGAAUGGUGUGCAGAAGUGUUCCUAAAACUCGGUCUAACGAGGCCUGUCACGCCCGAGUCAGGCGGUGAAACCCCGCGCGCUUCGGACGACACACGGAACUUGUCUGCCUCUGAUAUGUUGCCGCCUUUUGUUAAUGCACAGCAUACGCCUAUGAUGCCGUCUGACGCGCUGCCAGGAGCAGUGGUGCAAUCGAUGGCAGGCGGCACCGGCACACCUGAGGUGCCCCCCGUGGGUCUUGGCCUGGGUAUGCCCCCUUCCUCGACAGGGCACGACACGACGGUUUUGAAAGCAGGUGUUCCGUCUCCGCAAACGACUCGUCGAAUCAAAACGGGGCAGACAGAUCUGAUGAAUGCGGGCGGACGAGGCUCAUGGUUGACUAUCUCGACGUAG